AUGACAAGUGAAGAACCAGUGAUACCUCAGAAACGCUCCAUAGAAGACGACAAAGAAGAAAAAGAUGAAAAACACGUCUAUCAAACAAGAUCCACCACUACAACUUCAAUACCAAAUAAUCAACAAGAUCAAUCAAUUACAAAACGUAAAAACAUUAUAAUAAAUAAAUAUAAACCAAUAAUUUCAUAUAAACCUAUAGAUUUUGAAAAAUUUAAUGCACCUUUAUCCAGAGCAAGUUUCAAUCCUGAGUUCCAUAAUAUAGAAGAUGUCCCAUUCAAUACAAGACGUGGAUUUCAAUAUAGUCCAUGUCGACCAAAUCCAAUUUUACCAGUGUUGAAAUUCAGCUCAUCAGAUUUACCACCUUAUACUCUUUCCUUAAGUUAUUUUGAUAGAGCAAAUGGUACAGCUUUAAGUGAAGAUUAUAAUUCAGUUAUUACAGAUAGAGGUUGGUUAAGCGCUAGAACUAAUACUCCAAUACAAGAAGGGAAAGUUUAUUUUGAAUUCAAUAUCAUAAAUUCAAAUGAAACAAGUCAUGUUAGAAUUGGUAUUGGUCGUAGAGAAGCUUCCAUCGAAGGGCCAAUUGGAUUUGAUGCUUAUGGGUAUGGACUUAGAGAUAAAACAGGACAAAAAUUACAUUUAUCAAGACCUCUUAAUUUCAUGAAGGAGGGCUUUAAAAGUGGUGAUGUUAUCGGAAUGUUAGUUGAAUUACCAAGUGUGGAAUUUCAAGAUGUUAUAAGAGAUCAAAUUGCUAUAAGGUAUAGAAAUCGUUUAUAUUUUGAAAAAUUUGAUUAUGGACCAACUUCUAAAAUGGAACAUUUAUUAAAUCCAGUUACAGUUUUCGGUGAAAAAGCUAUACCUGAUCUUAAUCCUUUCAAACCAGAUUCAUUACCUGGUUCAAAUAUUAAAGUCUAUAAAAAUGGUGAAUUUAUUGGAACUGCUUUUGAAGAUUUAUACGCUUUUUUACCACCAUAUUCAGAACAAAAAAAUAAUAUAAAUAAAUUGAAUAAUAAUGGUACUUUAGGAUAUUAUCCAACAAUUAGUGUUUUUAAAGGUGGUAUUGCACAAAUUAAUCCAGGUCCUGAAUUUAAAUUUAAACCACAGGAUUUAGAUUCUGAUGUUAAAGAAUUUCAUCAAUUAUAUAAUGAAAAAAUUGCUGAUGAUAUUGUAUGGGAUAUAAUUGAUGAAAUGGAAGCUGAAGAAAUUCAAUUAGCUAUAGAUACUUCAAAUCAAUAA